AUAACCCAGACAGCAUAUCGGGAGGCGAUGCGUCUCGGAGAAAUAACGUAUGUGUGUCGUCCAUGCAUAGACGCAGAGGCCCUGGACAACGAAAUGCCCGUCCUAGAGAUAAGCGCCACAGUUCCCCAGGUUGACGACGACGACGAUGCCGGUGACGAUCGCCCAAUGCCACUGCUAGAAGUGAGUGUCCCUAGUCAUGAGUCAGGUGAUCGCGACCCUUAUGCCGACCUGGUUGAUCCAUACGCAGAUGACACUGUAGUCGACAUGCACACGACUCAUGACGAGAUUGACGACUUCGACACAUCUGCCGUCCCGGUUAUCGACUCGACAACUCUGUCUGCCGACGAUCGCUCCGAUGGCGACACGACCUUCACCGGCAUGGAGUUCGAUAUUACAGACGUCAUCGACGUAGUCGAACCGAUCCAAGAGGACAGCUUUAACGCGGCGCUGUCAUAGACAGUCCUAGAGGACCAGGGCAUCACCUACACCGUACUAGAGCGUGGCAGCCAGAAAGGAAAACCCGUACUCGUGUCAAAUCUAGGCUACGCGUAUUCCGUAAAGACUGACAACAAGAAGUCGGGAACAGUGACCUGGCGAUGCUCGUCUCGCAGCAAAGCAGUACGUUGCCCAGUCACCAUCAGCCAGAGAGGCGACCACUUAGACAGGAAUCUGAAAUGGUGAGGCUACUCGUUGAAGGCAGCGACCUCCACCGGAUCACCACAACGCGAUCGGCAAAAGUUCAGAAGUCCCUGGUUUCCCUCUGGGACAAGUAUGAGGCGAGAGAGUGCACCCCCUCUGAGUUCCUGGCCAAGGUCGGUCAGGCGUACGGCGUUGUGCUGGAUAAAUGAACAUGUAUUUUGUCACGUUGACUGUGUAUUGUUUGUAGUUUUUCUUGUACAUGUAUAUUUCAUUAUGUAGUUAUGUUGUAAAUUAUGUUGUAUUUUGUCACGUUGACAGUAUAUUGUCUGUACUUUUUCUUGUACAUGUAUAUUUUAUUAUGUAGAUAUGUUGUAAACUAUGUUGUAUUGUGUCACGUUGACUGUACAUUGUCUGUAUUUUUUUCUCGUACAUGU